CUAACAUUCCGCGAAACAUUGGCAGAUUUCAUUUCUAAUUGCACAUUCAUGCUAUCUAACGUGACGGAACGAGGAUGCUCACUGGAUAGGAUUGGACACUGGAUCGGACCAAGUGGGGAGCUGCAUCCUUUAAGCAGCCUGGCUGUUUACUUUUGUGUCUAUUUUAUUCUCGUCGCAAUAUGUGUAUCAUUGGCUGUGCCGGCUGGCAUAUUUGUUCCCUCAUUUGUGAUCGGUGCUUGCGGCGGACGAAUCAUUGGCGAAGUAAUGGCUUCAUUGUAUCCGCAGGGCAUCCGCGGUCCUGAUGGACCACAAAUUUUUCCUGGCCUUUAUGCUGUUGUCGGUGCGUCAUUCUUUUUUUUUUGCUUUACUCAUCAUUUUUACAUCUAUCGGAUUCAGAAAUAA